AUGCCCGCGCCCUUCGGCACCGUCGGGCGUCGCUUCCCCGAGCUCCAGCAGCGCGGCACCCAGCCCAACCCCAGCCUCCCCGUUAAGGGGGACCGCCUGUGCCGGGAGCUCCGUCCCGCCCGGCCCCGGGCAGCGGCAGCACCGAGGUCCGAUGCUGUGGGGCCGCUGAAAGAUGCCGACCUGCGGGCGGCCCUGGACGUGCUGCGGUGUUACGACUUGCACUCGAUCGUGGAGGAGUGGUUCAUCGAGGUGCUGCAGACCGACCUUCAGGCAAAUAUAGCUCCUGAGUUCUGGAACUGCAUCGGCCAGUAUGAAAACACAGCUGACGAGCCCCAGUGCUCCUCGCUCCUUCUGGACGCGUUUUGUCUUCUCAAGUGCCGCCUGGACCCCUACCUUAACAGUCUGGAACUUCUGGAGAGGUGGACCAAGGCUGGCUUGCUCCUGGGGACAGGUGCUCAGAUGCUGCAAGAAAAGGUCUACACCAUGUUCAAAGCUAUCCUUUUCUUCUCCACUACCAAAUCCUUCCAGGAAAUGAUCCAGCAGUUCUACAGCCGCACUUUUAGGAUAUAUAUGCGGCAGUGGAAGAAAGGAGAAGAUGGAUCGAACGAGUGUGAGAGCAGCAUGAGUGAGACCGAGCAGGAGAGUGAUACGGAGGAGGGUGGAGCAGAGAGCCCGCUGUGCGCAGGCUGCAGCACCAAGAGAGAGCAGUGCUGGUGCCCCAAAGCCAUGGAGCAGUUUCAGCAGCUCAAUGACAUUCUCCGCCGGCUGAAUUUGCUGGAGAGAGUGAGCGCCGAUGCUGUCACGACCAUCUUGCACAGGAUGAUAGAGGAGAGGAUGGAGCAAAGGUGCAGGGGGGAGUACGAGCACUCCUUCCUGAAUGAGUUCCAGGAGUGGAUUGAGAAAGUGAUUGGCUGGCUCAGCCGGGUUUUUCUGCAAGAUAGUCCCUUGGCACGCUCCUCUCCAGAAGCUAGCAGCACCUUGAGGCGCUGGCGGUGCCAUGUCCAAAGGUUCUUCUACCGCAUCUAUGCCAGCAUGCGCAUUGAAGAGCUCUUCAGCAUUAUUCGAGAUUUCCCAGAGUCGAAGCCUGCUGUGGAGGACCUUAAGUUCUGCCUGGAAAGGACUAAUCAGAGGCAGCAGCUGCUCAGCUCCCUGAAAAGUGCUCUGGAAAUGCGACUUCUGCAUCCUGGAGUCAACACAUCUGAUAUCAUCACUCUGUAUAUCUCGGCCAUCAAGGCCUUACGGGAGCUUGACCCUUCCAUGGUUAUCCUCGAGGUUGCCUGUGAACCCAUCAGGAAGUAUCUGAGGACUCGGGAAGACACAGUGCGGCAGAUUGUGGCUGGUCUCACAGGGGAUGCUGAGGGCUCUGGUGAUCUUGCAAAUGAGCUCUCGAAAGCUGACCCGGUGACCCUGGAGAACGGCCAGGAGAGUGACGAUGACAUCUCAGAACCAGGGGACUGGGUUCCUGACCCGGUUGAUGCAGAUCCAGGAAAAUCAAGUUCCAAGCGUCGGUCCUCAGACAUCAUCAGCCUGCUGGUGAGCAUCUAUGGCAGCAAGGACCUGUUUAUCAAUGAAUACCGCACGCUUCUGGCUGACCGGCUGCUACAUCAGUUCAACUACAGUGCUGAGAGGGAAAUCCGCAAUGUGGAGCUGCUGAAGCUGCGGUUUGGUGAAGCUCAGAUGCACUAUUGUGAAGUCAUGUUAAAAGAUAUGGCUGACUCGCGACGCAUUAACGCUAACAUUCGUGAUGAGGAAGAAAAGCUCCCAGAAGAGGAGAGGCCACCAUUCAGCCUUGUUGCCGUUAUCCUGUCAAGUGAGUUCUGGCCACCGCUGAAAGAGGAGAAGCUAGAGCUUCCAGAGCAGGUCAAGGAAGCCAUGGAAGCCUAUUCCAAGAAAUAUGAGAAAUUAAAGGCCAUGAGGACCCUGAACUGGAAGUACCACCUGGGCCUGGUGAGCUUGGACGUGGAGCUGGCAGAUCGCACCCUCUCCCUGUCCGUCUCUCCUGUGCAUGCCGCCAUCAUCCUGCACUUCCAGACCAAGAGUAUGUGGACACUGACAGAGCUAAGUGAAGUGCUCAAGGUGCCGGUGACAUCACUGAAGCGUAAGAUGACGCUGUGGCUGCAGCAGGGUGUCCUGCGUGAAGAGCCCCAAGGCACCUUCACUGUGAUUGAGGAGGAGCAGAAGGACCAGGUGGAGAAGGUCGUUCUGAUAGACAGCGAUGAGGAGGGAGACUCCGCCAUGGCGUCACAGGCUGACCAGAAAGAGGAAGAGCUGCAGCUGUUCUGGACAUACAUCCAGGCUAUGCUGACAAACCUGGAGAGCCUGUCCUUGGAGAGGAUUCACAGCAUGCUGAAGAUGUUUGUGAUGACAGGCCCAGUGGUUACAGAAAUCGAUAUACAAGAGCUGCAGGGUUUUCUCCAGAAAAAAGUCCGGGACCAGCAACUCAUCUACUCUGGAGGUGUCUAUCGCCUGCCCAAGAACUGCAACUAGCCCGCUAGUGUCCCUCUCCAAGGUGCUGCCCAGCUCUCUGCAUCCUGCUGGGUAGUUCUCUGCUCUGGGGGUUUGCUGUGCCCUCUUCCCCAAAAGGGUGUCCUUUUCCACAUGGAGACAGCUCAACAGCAGCCUGGGCCAUGCACCCCACAACUGCUGGGUCUGGGCCUGCUCCUCACAUUGCUUUUCCUCCCAUACGUGAGUGUCUGGGCCCACUUCACUGUUUAAU